GACAAACCCCCAGUCCCCACACAAAUCUCAGCAGACGACUGGAACCCACUGUAAAUCCUUCCGCCGCCGCGGCCGCCGCCUGCGCCAUGCUGCGCCUCCGGAGCUGCAUCCUCACCCAUCUCCUCUCUUCGCCCUCCGCCUCUCCCGGCCCCUCUCUCCGCCGCCUCCUCUCAGCCGCCGGGGCGGCCCCUGCCGUUUCCACGAACCCUAGCUUCGCGGUCGAGGACUACCUCGUCGACACCUGCGGCCUCACCCGGACCCAGGCGCUCAAGGCCUCCACGAAGCUCUCCAACCUCAAGUCCUCCACCAAGCCCGACGCUGUCGUCGCCUUCCUCGCCGGCCUUGACUUAUCCAGCGCCGACAUCGCCGCCGUUGUCGCCAAGAACCCCAGGUUACUCUGCGCCAGCGUGGAGAGAUCCCUGGCCCCCGCCAUCGUCGAGCUCACUGGCCUCGGCCUGUCGCGUUCUGAUAUCGCCCGCUUCUUCUUGCUCGCCGGCGUCAGCUUACGCCUUCGGUCCAUCGUCUCCAAGCUGCAGUACUUCCUGCCCCUCCUCGGAGGCUCCUCCGAGAACCUCCUCCAGGCGCUCAAAUACAGCUCCUACCUUCUCACGUCCGAUAUCGAAAGGGUCAUCAAGCCCAAUGUGGCGUUACUGCAGGAGUGCGGGAUAGGCGGUCACGAUAUUGUAAGGUUGUGCAAAAGGGCGAAUUGGAUUCUCGGCAUCAACCCACAACGUCUCCCGGCAAUAGUGGAAUGGGCCGAAGGUCUAGGUGUGCCCCGUGGCUCCGGGAUGUUCAUAGAAGCGCUGCAGGCUGUCGCAUUCCUCAGCGAUGAGAAGAUCGCCGUGCGAGCAGAGUACUUGAAGAAGACAUUCAGGUGGUCGGAUGCCGAGACGCGCAUUGCUAUUUCUAAGGCUCCAAUCUUGCUGACGAAGUCUAAGGACAUACUGCAGAGCAAGUCCAAAUUCCUCAUCUCCGAGGCGGGGCUGGAACCGGCGUACAUUGCUCAUCGGCCGAUUUUGCUCAAGUACAGUCUGGGGAGCCGGAGCAGACCCAGGUACUAUGUUGUAAAUUUUCUCAAGGCAAAUGGAUUGAUAGAUCUCGACCGAGACUACUAUAAUACAGUCACGAUCAAAGAGAAGGUAUUUGUGGAGAAGUACAUAUGCCCUCACAAGGAAGCUGCACCGCACCUCGCUGAAGACUAUGCAGCUGCUUGCAGAGGGGAAGUGCCGACUAGAUUCAGAUUUGCAUGAACCAAGAGCAGCCUAUGAAAAUUGGUAACUCCACAUUAGAGUUCUCACUACGCCUAGUAAGCUGGUUAUUCACAUUAGUGUUCUUGCCUAACUGGAUUUUGCUAUAUAUCCCCUGAAGUAUGUCUUUUACAUGCUGCUUUGCUCGUUGCUAAGACCUGAUGAAACUGAUAAUUUCAUAUGUCUUCUCUGAUAUCCUCAUGUCAUCCCUCAGUAGAGAAGAAAGCAUGUAUCGUUAUGAGCUUGUUCAUCCUGAAAAUUUGUGAGAAUCUUCUGCGGUAUCUUUGUUUAAAAGAUUAAUUGUUGUGGAAGCAGUGCAUGACUUGCUACUUUGUAUCACUCUUUUCCUUUAUUUUCUCUCUCUCUUGUAUUUAUGUGAUUAACUGUUGUGAGGGCCUGUAGGUAUACUCAUCCUACAUGAAAGGGUCAUAUCUCUAGUCCACGAGCUGUCAACUUGCAUCAUUUCAGGUCGGCUUGCCUGGAUGUGACCGCCAGAGAAGCUAUCACAUCCUGGAGUUUGAACCUUAGAGUGGUUUUACCUAACUGUAAUUUUGAUCAUCCCUAUUUGCAAUGCUAAAUUUGCAGCGCGACAUUUCCCACCCUGUUCACCAAUUCCUUGAUAAGUGUCCCCGACAAUGUA